GUUGUGCGGUUGGCAGGGGGCUUUGCCUGAAUGUGUGGUGGGAAGGAGAGGGAGCAGGACAUGCAGGGGAGGAGACCAGUAAAUGAAAUUCCUGCUUUAAUGUCAGAAGUUGGGCCUGAGUAGCACCAGUUUUUAAGCUAUAAAAUAUCUGACCACCCCCUGCUCAGUCUGGGCCUGUCUCCUCCCCGGUGUGUCUCUGAACCCCACCUCCCCAGCACCCUCCUCAGUCUGUUUCCCAUCUCCCCCCCCCCCCACAAAUACAUCCCCCUGCGCCCUCUUCAUUCUGCCUCCCAUAUCCCCUGUCUCCUGCCGAUCCCGUCUCAUGUCCUGGGAACCCUUCCAGCUACCUCCCGACAGUCUCCUCAACACCCAAAUCCCUGUGCGCCUUCCUCCAUCUGCCUCCCCAUCCCCCAUGCAUCCAACCCUCAUCUGCUCCCAUGCCCUAACAAGCACAUCCCUCUGUGCCCCCUUUGUCUCCUCCCACACCCUGUGCAACCCCUGUCCAGUCUUUGGCCUACCUCCUACUUCCACCCCCAUAUCCUCCUUCACCCUCCUUGGUAUGCAUCCUAGCUGCUGUUGCAGAUCCACAGGAUCGGUGCUGCCCCCACCCCCAGCUUUUUAACAGUGCCUUGGGGGUUCCCCUUCAGUGGGCCUUACCCUCCCAGGGGUCCCACUCUUGUGCAAGGGGAGGCCACAUGGCCUCACUGCCUCCAAGACCGAGCGUCUGGGCUCCAGCCCUGGUGCUUCACACCGUGAGCUCUGCCCAAUGGGUCCAACUGAGCCAGACUCCUGGUCAGAGACCUGCCUGCUCUGCAGGGCCCAGGAUUAACAGUGACACCCGGCAGCCUUUUCCAAACAGAGCAGAGUUUAUUAGUCUGCUUUAUUCCCAGCACAGGGAAGCCUGGAGAUUAGCAGAGAGAAGGAAAAGUUAAGGUUAAGCCAGAGCCCAUCAUGGCUGAGCCAACCAGGUUCUUCUCCCGCAGGAAUGUUCCUGCUCUCCGGCUGAGAGGGAUGUUCCCAGAUCUUUCUGUGACUGUGCCUGGGGGGCUGUGGCUGGGGCAGCAGGUUCUGAGCGGGCGACUCUUGUUGUUGAUAGAUGCCCUGACCUUCAAAGAGGUGGCUGUGUAUUUCACCGAGGGGGAAUGGGCGCUGUUGGACCUGGGUCAGAGAGCCCUGUACAGGGACGUCAUGCAGGAGAAUUACAGGAACGUGACCUCACUGGAGCAGGUUUUCCAAUUCCCAAGCCCAGCAUGAUCUCCCAGCUGAACCGAGGGGAAGAGCCGUGGGUCCCUGAUCUCCAGGGGUUCCAGGCUAGAGAGAUCCAGAGAAACAUCCCCAGAGGGAAUGACUCCUGCCGGAUUCUCUCUCUGUCCCAGCAGGUGAUGAAAUCUUGAGUGAAAGGAACAAAGAGAAUCCUUGUCUGGAAAGUCCUGAGCAAAUGGAAGCAAAGGGGACAUUGGUGGGAAAGUGUGAAGGGGAUGAUUCCCAGUUUUCUGGGCAGGGAGAAGCCCAAGAAACUCAGUGCAGGCCAGAGGAGCAGCAGGGAAACCCACCAGGGAAGACACUGGGUGAAUCCACUCACAGCGGGGGAGGUUUGGAGGAUUGUAAUGAGGCCACGACCCAGCCGAGAACCUGCCCUAAGGAGAAGUGGUUCGAAUGUGCUGAGUGCGGGAGAAGCUUCAAGUGCAGUUCAAACCUUAUAAGACACCAGAGGGUCCACACAGGCGACAGACCCUACAACUGCCUUGAGUGCAGAAAAAGCUUCAAUUGUAAAUCCCACCUUAUUAGACAUCAGAGAUCUCACACAGGAGAGACCCCCUAUAACUGCCCUGAGUGUGGGAAACAAUUCAAUGACCACUCCAACCUUGUUAGACAUCGGCGAACCCACACAGGAGAGAAACCCUAUAAGUGCACUGACUGCAGGAAAAGCUUCAGGGACAGCUCAGGCCUUCUUGCACAUCAGAGAGUCCACACAGGAGAGAAAUGCCAUAAAUGCCCGGACUGUGGAGAAACCUUCACUCAGCGCUCAUGUGUGACUAGACAUCGGAGGAUUCACACAGGCGAGAGACCCUAUGGAUGCCCCGAUUGUGGAGAAAGCUUCUCUUACUCCUCUGACCUUAUUGUACAUCAGAGAGUUCACACGGGUGAGAAACCCUAUAGCUGCCCUGACUGUGGGAAAAGCUUCAGCCAGAGCCCUAACCUCAUUGUCCACCGGAGAAUCCACACGGGAGAGAGACCCUAUAACUGCCCUGACUGCAGGAAAAGCUUCAGUCAUAAAUCUAACCUCAUUAGACAUCAGCGAACGCACACGGGCGAGUGCCCCUAUGAAUGUUUCGUGUGCGGGAAAAGGUACAAGGCCAAGAUCUCUCUGAUAUUUCAUCUGAAACGCCACAUAGACUAGUGCCAGCCACUUCCCCACCUCUUCCUAUGUCCGUUCCUCCCAUCUCUACAAUUGGGAUAACAACUGUUGCCCGACUCCCAAGGGAGUCAAGUGGCACCACUACUUACAUGUGUGCUCAGUCGCUCGGGACAACACAGGCACCAGGAGAGUAACUUUAUUAGUAUUACUGUAUUGUAUUAAUCUCUGACCCUUCCUGUCUCUCUGUCAUGAGGAGACUUUUACUGAGCCGAAAGGUUUAACUGGAUUUGCUGAUCCCUGUUUUCAGGCAGGGGCUCCGUUCACAUUGUUGCACUGUGAUGUUAUUGAUAUAAUUUGGGACCAUAUAGAACAUGGGUUGCAACCAAGGUCCUGUAGUGGCACCAAAUCUUAGGUAAAGGGGGUCAUAUAAGGUGUAUAAGACCAGGUUAUGGGUUGC